GUAAAAGACAGAGAAUGAUAAAACAUUUAUAUAUAAAAAACCAAUAAUACCUUGUAAGUUGGAUCCGAUCCGAUCCCAAAUCCCCUAAACCAGUGUUUGAAUGUCAGGGAUUGUGAAAUCACCCACGGCUUUCGCACAGUGAAGACGUCAAUUCUCGCCAGUUCAAACAAGACCAGCCAACACAAACUCUCUGGAGUUUCCGAUGGCAGCAAACAUGAGAAAUCGAAGAGCAAGAACUACGGUGGACCGACUCCCUGCGGUUGACAACCUCGACCUCCAAAUACAAGACAUAGCUACUAGAUUUAAGGAAUUCUCAGAAUCAGUUAAGGCAGCGCUCUCAAUUGAACAAGUACGUGAAUUCUUGGAAGCUAAUGACCAAGAUUUGUCUGGCUCUGACGAUGCACUUCUCCGAAGAUGCCAAGACAUGCUGUUUUAUGGGCUAUUGGAGAAAUGCCCAGUUUGCCAGGGGAAUAGUUUGGAGUUCACUGGAUGUUAUUGUGCUUGUGGCACCUGCAUUUACCGCUCCAAGUAUCCACCAAGGAAACGAGGGGCCAUCAAGUACCCUAUUAGCAUCGUCAAGCAAAUCAACCCUCGUUUCAACCCGGAUUGGGACCCUCCUUAUGUGGAAGGUCAAGGGUUCAUCGCCCGUUUUUGGUCAAAUGUUUUACGACCAUACAAUCCAAGGGCGGCGGACAGAGUGGAAAUAACACUAAAUAUAUAUCAAGAUGGCAUGGAGAUCAAUGGCCGGAGGAUGAACAAGAUAACUUUUUGGAUCUAUGUAUGCGUGGGGGUUUUUAUGGUGACCUGUUUCUUUAUCUUUUUUGUCAAACUUUGGUCCAACCUGUACAUAGAAUGAAGAUCCCAAAACCCUUCUGGGAUUGAAUACAUAGGCGCUUUUUUGUUGUUC